AUGUUUUCUAGUGGGACGACUGGUAUUCCUAAAGCGAUGGUUCAUACCGUGGGGGGCACUCUGUUGAAGCAUGUGGAGGAGCACUUAAUCCAAGGAAAUAGUCGUUCUUGUGACCGUAUGAUGUUUUACACCACAUGUGGCUGGAUGAUGUGGAAUUGGUAUGCACACCUUCUUCUUUCGUGGAUA